AUGGCCGACACUUCCAGCCUUCCCACUCUAUCCAUGGCCAUGGACCACGAGUCAUCUGAUUACAGCUACAUCUCGGACUCUUCAGGUAUUUCUGAUUUGAGCUCGCCUCCUGACUCUCCUCAGCCGCCACCAGAGUGCUAUCCAACACCACCGCCAACGCAGGAGGAGGAGCGCGCCCGAACUACGUCGAGCCAAGACGAGCCCGCCAAGAAAAAAAGGCGCGUGGGUCCACCGCCGCGUUCGACGCAACAUCUGGACUUGACCAAUUCGGAAAGGCUUCCCUAUGCCGACCAGCUGCCCCAGAUCAACCUGCUCACCAAAACCCUACGAAACCAACGCAAGAUUAUUGUUAUUGCUGGCGCUGGCAUCUCCACCUCUGCUGGAAUCCCCGACUUCCGCUCAUCGGAUGGUCUCUUCAAAUCCGUUCAAAAGAAACACAACCUGAAAUCAUCGGGCAAACUCCUAUUCGAUGCCGCUGUCUAUCGCGAUGAUUCUCUCACUGCUUCCUUCCAUGAGAUGGUGCGGACACUCUCCAAGGAAGCUGCCGAUACAAAACCCACAGCCUUUCACCACAUGCUGGCCAGAAUGGCCAAGGACAACCGCUUGUCGCGUCUCUAUACUCAAAAUAUUGACUGUAUUGAGACGUCAUUACAGCCCUUGAUAACCCAGGUACCUCUGCCUCCGAAGGCUCCCUGGCCGACUUGCAUCCAGCUUCAUGGCAGCCUUGAUAAGAUGGUCUGCCAAAAGUGUCGUCAUCUUGCCGAAUUCGAUCCAAACCUUUUUGACGGCCCCGAAGCUCCUGCUUGUCCUGCCUGCACCGAAACAGAUGAAUUGCGCACGACUACAGGUCAGCGUAGCCAUGGCGUAGGCAAGAUGCGCCCGCGCAUUGUACUGUACAAUGAACACAACCCAGAUGAGGAAGCGAUUGCGGCCGUGAUGAAUUCGGACAUUCGCUCCCGUCCAGAUACUGUGAUUGUUGUUGGAACCAGUCUCAAAAUACCUGGCGUGCGACGUCUUGUCAAGAGCUUGUGCAAGGUUGUCCGUAGCAAGCCCAAAGGCAUUGCCAUGUGGAUUAACAACGAGCCCCCCGUUGGAAAGGAGUUUGAAGACUGUUGGGAUUUGGUUGUCAAGGGAAAUUGCGAGGAAGUAGCACGAUUAGCUGGACUCAAGCAGUGGGACGAUAACACCCCUCAGGUAUUUGAUGAAUACAAUGACUUUGACUUUGAACGGCCUAAGAGGGAACACUCUGUCUCUGUUGUGGUUCAUACACCAAAGAAAGUCAGAAAAACAGAUGCUGGAAUUCUUACGCCAAUUUCGAACAAUGAUGAGAGCGGUACCGAGCUUCCACAUAAGAACCCGAAACAGCCACUCGCUAAUCCUGCAAGCAAAGGGAAGAAUCUUAUGGACGUUCUGGCUGCCAGCAAGCCUAACAAUAAGAAGAAGCUGGCAGUCAAAAAACCUGCAGCAAGUGCGCCCAAGAAGGCGGCGCGGUCUACCAAAGAACAAACAGCGAAGAUCACCAAGUCCUUUACAGUCACCAAGGGUGCAAAGGGCGCAAAGAAUGGAAAGGCCAUGAAUACUCUACACGAGAACAUCCUUUUCCCAGGUCUCGUCAAACAUGCUGAUGCGAAACCUCCUCUGGAGACUAUAUCUCCCAAGGAUGUACCGAAAGAUAUGGUGAUGCUCCUGAAUUGA